UUUGCUUAGAGGAGUCUGUCCUAACUUCUCCCUGUCCUUUCAUGUUUCUGAACAGUGUCCCUGUGCUGGGAAGCAGCAAAUGUGUAACAGCAGCUCCAUGGCCCAGUUUCUCCUCCUGGCAUUGGCAGACAGGAGGGAGCUGCAGCUCCUGCACUUCUGGCUCUUCCUGGCCAUCUCCCUGGCUGCCCUCCUGGCCAACGGCCUCAUCCUCAGCGCCGUAGCCUGCGACCACCACCUGCACACCCCCAUGGGCUUCUUCCUGCUCAACCUCUCCCUCACAGACCUGGGCUGCAUCUGCACCACUGUCCCCAAAGCCAUGCACAAUUCCCUCCAGAACACCACAACCAUCUCCUACACGGGAUGUGCUGCACAGCUCUUUUUCUUUGUAUUAUUUAUCUCAGCAGAGUUUUAUCUCCUCACCAUCAUGUGCUACGACCGCUACGUUGCCAUCUGCAAACCCCUGCACUACGGGACCCUCCUGGGCAGCAGAGCUUGUGCCCACAUGGCAGCAGCUGCCUGGGCCACUGGCUUCCUCAAUGCUCUGCUGCACACAGCCAAUACAUUUUCCUUGCCCCUGUGCCCUUGCCCCAAUGCCCUGGGCCAGUUCUUCUGUGAAAUCUCCCACAUCCUCAAGCUCUCCUGCUCACACUCAGGCUACCUCAGGGAACUUGGGCUCAUUGUGGUUAGUGCCUGUUUAGCACUUGUUGCUUUUCUCUUCAUUGUUUUCUCCUAUGUGCAGAUCUUCAGGGCUGUGCUGAGGAUCCCCUCUCAACAGGGACGGCACAAAGCCUUUUCCACCUGCCUCCCUCACCUGGCCGUGGUUUCUCUGUUCCUCAGCACUGGCACAUUUUCCCACCUGAAGCCCCCCUCCAUCUCCUCCCCAUCCCUGGAUCUGGCACUAUCAGUUCUGUACUCGGUGGUGUCUCCAGCACUGAACCCCUUCAUCUACAGCCUCAGGAACCAGGAGCUCAAGGAUGCCAUUAGAAACAUGAUGACUGGAUGCUUUUCAGGAGCCUGA